UCCAUAAUUUCAUUCACACAGAGGUUUUAUGAACUAUUUGUCUCUGUGAUCUGAUCAUCUUUGCUCGCCUGCUGGAGAAGAGCUUUUCUUACUGUUCAUGUUCAGCCUCUUCAGUUAUUGAUGAUUGAUUGAUUAUAUAAACGGGGAUUUUAAACGCAGAGGUUUAUAAAAGGGAAGAAUGAGCUUUUAAUUCGCAUAUAAAUGUGACUUAAAGCCAGCCGGUAGUAAUAAUAGCACAGAUUUUGGGAUGCGGGCUCCACCCCCCCCUCCUGCCAGAGGACAAAGACUGAAGUGGGUCAGACUCCGGAGGGAAGCGGAUCUUCCGCACCAGCCGUCAUGUAAUGUGGUUCAUCAUCCCGGAGACCAGAGGCUGCUGACGGGUUUACGGCUUUUUAACGAACAUGUCGCCGGUUUUAUUCUCUGGAUCUAGUGACGGACUGACGUCUUUAUAACGUUUAAAGGAGAAAAAAAACGCGAUUUAAUUUGGGAGAUUUUUAUUUUAUUUAUUUUUUUUAAUUUUUUAAUCGAGCCACCAGCUCUUCAUCGACAUGUCCUCCCGGGAUGGGGGAAGCAUCUUGUUCGCUCACUGGGACUGAACUGGUUUGACUGGGACCGCCGGGCUUUCCAGUCCAACACCGACUCAUCGGACCGCUGAGCGACCGACGGACGGGCGAUGGGCGCCGCGCAGAGUUAAUCUGUGUCCUCGGUGGAAACAAAGCCCUGUUGUCUCCGUGUGAAGUUCCAGACGUGAUCAAGGUGCAAAGCACACCUGGUUACUAACCUGUGGGUCAGAGAGCAGCAGCCGUAAAGGAGAUAAGGUGAAAUAAAGCCUGCCUGUCCCUCACAGGAGACGGGGGGACGUCUGUGGACUGUGGACCCAAAGACCCACUGAGCGUCUGAUGGAGGACUGUUCACGCUGUCGGCCUGUACGUUUGUGUGGAUCUCUGCUCUCCUGCUGUGGACACUGAGGCCUUUCUGAUCACAGAGCGUAGAUCUGCCGCAGCCAUGAGUCCUCCGGCGUCCACUCGACCCCCGCGGACGCUCAGGCUGCUCGUCGCCGCCGUGCUGAUGAUGACGACGAUGAUGACAUCGCUUCCCGUGUCAGCUGUGGAACCAGAGACGUGUUUCUCCAGACAACACCAGAACGUUAUUGUCAACGUCAGACUGGCCUUAAACAGACCGACGACGGCCACGGACGCUCGGGUGGUCCGCUCAGAGCGGGACUGUGUCCUCGCCUGCUGCUCAGAGGAAGUCAAGCCAGGUGCCAAAUGCAACAUGGCUGUGUUCAACGCCAACAAACACGCCGGUGAUGAUAACUGCUUCCUGUUCCACUGUCAGACAGAGCAGGACUGUCCUUUAAUGAAGGCUCAGGACGGCAUCAACACCUACGACAUCUACAAAGGCGUGAUUCAUCCAACCACCAUGAGACCUGUGACCAUGACGACCACAACAGAACAAACCACCACCACCACCACUCCGGCCCCAACUGCACCAAAAACCACACAACCUACCACCACUACAACCACCACACAAAGUACAACAACGCCACCAACCACCACCACAACGACCACAACCUCUACGCCAACCUCAGCACCAACCACCACCACAACCACGCAGGUUCCCGCCACCACAACAGCACCUCCGCCCAUCAUCAUCAUCGCCACGAUGCCUCCGGUAACUCCAGCACCCACCACCACCACCACCACCACCACAACAACAGCAGCUUCUACUACAACCACCACCACCAUGAAAAAGCCAAACAAAACCACCAAAAAGCAAAAUAAAAUGGCCAAGAAAGCAAAGCCUCAUCCUGUCAGCACCACCACAACUGCUCCGCCCACUCAGAGCUCCACCACAUCACUUCCUGCUGUAACAGCCAGCACAGAGGCUGCACCAAGAACUACUGAUAAACCACAGCCCAACCCGGAAACUACUACUAUUACUACCACUACUACAACUACUCCUACAACUACUACAACUACUCCUACAACUAUUACAACUACUCCUCCUCCACCUACUACCACUACUACUCCUACUACCACUACCACUACUACUUCUACUACCACUACUACUCCUACCACUACUACCACUACUCCUACUACCACUGCUACUCCUACUACCACUACUCCUACUACCACUAAUCCUACUACCACCACCACUACAACCACCACUGAUUCGUCCACCACAAGGACGACUCAGGCAGCAAGUCUGGUCAUCAUCCCCAAAGGUGCCGUCCAGUCCAACCACGGCCUCCAGAACUCGAGUGUCGGCCGUGGGAACACGGUAGCGGCUCGGGGGGCGGUGAAGAGCGGCGUGGUGGCGUUCAUGGUGCUGGGACUCGCCGUGCUCACGCUGGCUCUGGCUGUCGGCGGCCGCAAGGCCUUGGAGUCCUUCGACAGACGCCAUUACACAAGACUGGAGCUCAACGAUCUGCACUAUGAGGUCUGAGGAAGGAAAAAACUCUUCACAGGUCUCUGAUUUUUAUGACGGAAGCUCAGAAGGACAAUUAGCAAGACUUAAAAUUAGUUAAUUUAAGAUUGUUAAUGUUCAUCUGAUAACAUUUUAAUUUCAAAACAGCACAAAGUAACACAAUAAUUGAAUGUCUACUUCACUAUUUUAAAGAGCCGUUAUACCGUGGCUGUGGAGAAUACUCGAUUCUGAUUGGCCAGAGGGUGUGCACUAUUUUGAAAUAACCACACAGCUCUGGCAUAGUGUCCUCAGUAUAUCUGAAAUAUAUCUGAAAAAUGCAUUGUCACAAAGCUGAAAACAGGCCUGUUGUCAUUUUGGAGAUUCAUGGUUUUUCAUUGACAGCGCCGAUAUGUAAUUUUAUAUCGAGAUAUCGAUACACACUACCGUUCAAAGGUUUGGGGUCGCCUGCCACAGACGGCUGAGAGGAACUCUGUAUCUCUGAACAGCCUCUUUACAAAUAGAUGUUAUUUUGCAUGAGGGGUUUGUUUUGUACCUGGAGAACAAAACGCUGUACGUGGUUCAACCAGACAACUGAAAGGGCAGAAAGAGACAAAGAUCCUCUGAGCAACAGUUAAAUACGAAUAUAAGAAAUCAGCAGUCGCUGGUGAGAGAAACUGAAGCUGAGCGUUAAAAUCUGUGCAGAUUUAAACAGCAACAGGUUCCUGUUUCACUGUCAAAGCACAAUAAUGCCUCAAGCUGGGAAUUAACAGGCGUGCUGCUAUUCUUAAACGUUCCCAGUAGAAACAGCAGGCGAGUCCAGGUCAGCACUGCUGGAGCCGGAUCACAGAACAGCAGCCGAUCACACUGUGGACGGACAAUCGCAGUUUAAACCUGUUCAGUCUGACCGCUGAGGAGACUGCAGAGGGCCCAGAGACAAACGGCUCCCAAAACCUCCACAGCCCAGCUGCAAAAAUGAUCUCGGGUCACUUUCACUGUGGGGACGUCAACUAAACGAAGUUUUAAUCAUUUAAUUAUUCUAAAACUCUUUCAAACGUAAACAAUACAUUUGGUGAAUAAUUCUACUGUUUUUAUCUGUUAAAACAGCCGUUACUGAAGGAAAGAAGAAAAACAUCAAGAUAACAGGUGAUUCCAAACUUUUGAACGGUAGAGUAUAUUGUGAUACAGUAAAUCUAAAAGCAGCAGACACGGAUACUGUAUCUGUUACUCCAGAAAAUGCGACACAUGACAAAUCAAGAAACAUCAUCAUAAUGAUGCAAAAAUCAUAUAAAAAUCAAAUAUUACCAUAAAUCUGUCCUGACCAUUGAUUUGCAGCAAUGCCUAGAAAAGUCUCACACAACCAGAGAUAUUAAAGGGGUAACUACCACAGUAUAAACAUUACAGGAAACCCUCUGAUGGUUGACAAAUAUAUUUUGUCUCACGAUAUUAAUCAUCAUAUUGCCCACCCUUCAUUUUUAAUAAUAGCAAGGUUUGUCACGUAUGAUCACUUGUGUGACCCACGUCUGGCUCUGUUGGAAACCACAAAGAGUCGUAAAGAGUUUAGCACUGUCCCGUUCGACUUUAUCACCGCAAACUGACUUUUUUCAUAGUUUUAGACAGAGCUGAGGACUUGAGAUUUGGAUUCGAGUUGCAAAAAUGAGGACUUGCGACUUGGCUUGGACUCGUCUGCUGUGAGGCUUGACUUACUUAAGACUUGAAAACAAAACGCUGAGGAGUUUUGACUUGGUGACCCAUAAAUAUUGAAAAAUGCUCUGCUGAAUGUAGUUUUGCCUUUUUAGAGCUCAAACUGCCAAUAAUAAAAGACACAAAUCUGUGUGUCCAUCUAAACUAGUCUUUGUAAUGUUAACAACAAAUUACAAAACUCAGAGUCGUACUAAGACUCAAAGACCUGACACUUGUCUAGGACUUUUUUAUUUUAUUUAUCCUUUAUUUAACCAGAAAGGUCCCACUGAGAUACAAUAUCUCUUCUGUCAGGGAGAAAAUGUUUCAUAUAAAAGUACAGAUGGGAACAGAUAACAUCACAAAAACAUACCAAAACACAACAAACAGAUACAAAACAUACAGCGAUCAGAGGCUAGAAAGAAUCAUGGCAAAUAAUGGCACUUGUUAAAAGCAAUAACAUUGUUCUGUCAAAACUGAUUUUAAAAUAUUUUUGAACAUGUCAAGAGAGGGUAAAGAAGUUAAGUAUGAAUUGCAGCUCAUUCCAAGCGUGCAGGGCGUGAAAGGAAAAGGCUAAUUUAGCCAGCUCAGUUCGGGUGGUGGGGACCACGAGGAGACUUUUCUGUGAUGAUCUAGUGCUAUAGCUGCUGGAGUAAUAUGUCAGUAAAUUGGAUAUGUACGCGAUAAUUCACCCAGUGAAGCUUUUGCAAUAAAAAUUAUCAUAUGGGUUUUUCUCCUUAAACACAGUGAAGUCCAUUGAACUAUUUCAUAUAAGUCACAAACCACAAGGUAGCAUGAUCGAUUAGAUCCAGUGUUUUUAAAAAAGAGAUGAAGAUGCAUGCAUAUAAGUUACAUCACCAUAGUCUAAUACUGACAAAAAGGUACUCUGGAUUGAUCUUUUUCUAGCAGUAACAGGAAAAGAAUUCUUAAACGAAAAUAAAAACCUAACUUUAAGUGUUUUUUUGGGAGGUUAUCAAUAUGGACACCAAAUGUCAACUUGUCAGCAAGCCAGGUAUUUGUAAGAAGUAGAUGAGUGCAGUCUGGUGUCAAGACAGGACUGCGUAAAAAUCACAAAUUUGGUCUUUUUAGAGUUUAAAACCAAUUUUAAUUUAACAAGUGGCAUCUGCAAUAAGUUAAAAGCAGUCUGUAAGGAAUCCAUUGGAAAAAAUGUAAGAUGGUGCCACAGUAAUAAAUAAUAGUGUCAUCUGCAUAGAGUUGUACCUUUGCUUGAUUUAAUCCUACACCAAGAUCAUUUAUAUAAAUAGAAAAUAAAAUUGGUCCCAAGAUAGAUCCUUGAGGAACACCUACACCUCUUUACUGUUAGAGGUGCAGAGGUAUAACUGUCUAUGGACACACACUGAGUUCUCCCAGUCAAAUAGUUAAAAAACAAAAACAAUUCAGCACAGGGUCACAACAACCUAUACAUUUGAGUCUUUGCAAGAGAAGACCAUGAUGCACUGAAUCAAAUACUUUGGAUAAAUCAAUAAAAAGUGCUGCACAUGAUUUGUUAUCAUCCAGAGCAGUAAAGAUAUCAUGUGUGACUGAUAUGGCUGCAGUUGUAGUAGUAUACCCUUGUCUAAACCUGACUGAGUUUGAGGGAUCGCCACCUGGGCUGGGGAUCAAACCACUGCUUAGAUUAAGAAUAAAAAUGGAGGCAAUGGGUCUUGCAAUCAGAUCUGCACCUUUUUUUUAAAAUAAAAUAAAAAUAAUAAGGUUUCUCAUUUAUUAAGUUCAGGUAGUACUCACUUUUUGCAUUUUUUUUUAAUCAAUUUAGUGCAUCUGUUUCUUAAUGCCCUAUACUGUCCCCAGUCCCUGGCAUCAUUACUUCUUUUAGCCUUGGCCCAUGCCUCAUCUCUUUCACUGAUAGAGAAUGAGAUAGAUUCAUUAAACCAUGUGUUGUCUUUACCACUGACUCUAAAUCUUCUUAGAGGUGCAUGCUUAUUACUUAGGGCCAAGAAGGUUGUUGACUUGGUUAGAGACUUGAGACUUGACUUGGACUUGGUUCAAAAGACUAAUGAACAGCUCUGCUUUUGGAGACUCUGGUUUUAAUCACAUACUAACUUUUAUUUCUGACAUAUUUAUUUUUUCAAAAUUUUAACCAUAAUUCUGACUUUUUUCUCAGACAUCUUUCCUGAGCUCCUGAAAAUCCUGAAAGUUUUUUUUUUUUUUUUAUUAUCGUUUUCGGGACUUCUAAUUCAUAGAAUUCAAUCCAAGACUUUUCUUAGAAGUCUACUUUUAUCUCAGAAUUAUGUCAUUUGUUAUUUUUUGUCCUAACAUUUCUGACUUUUUCUCAAAUUCUCAUGUUAAUUAAUUCUAUGGCAGCAUGUGCUAAAUAUUUGUUAAUUUUCUUGUUAUAACAUGAAACGUUUCUUGUUUUAACAAGAUCUUUUUACGUCGUUACAAAAUAUUUUCCCUUUUAUUAUAAUAACAUAUAUUCUUGUUACAGGAUACCAAAUUGUGUGAACAUAUCACUUUAUCUUGUUAUAAUACAAAAUGCCCCUGUUAUUACACAAAAUCAUUGUAUGUUGCUCAAACAAGAAACUUUGUUAAAAGUUAAAAUGAGAAAAAGAUUCAGUUGAUGCCUAAACGAGAAAAUAGUAAAUAAGAAAAGUUUCUAGUUUUAAUGACAAACUUUGAUUUUAAGUAAUAACGAGUAUGUUUCGUAAUAUAACAAGAUAAAAUAGUUUCUAAUAAUAAACAUUUCUUGCAAAAACUAAAUAAUGUAUUAAUAAUGAGAAAUUGUCACAACAUGAAAAUAUUUUGUUAUAACGUGAGAAAGAUCUCAGUUAAACUGAAAGAAACUUUUCAUGUUUUAAUAAAAAACUGAGCUUUUUUUUUUGUCAUGUUGGCAGCAAUAUGCUUCCGUAGAAGUUUGACUUUAUCCUCUAAAGUUUUGACUUUUCUCAUAAUUCUGACUUUUUGGUUUUAAUCACAUACUGACUUUUAUUUAUUGUGCUUCAAAGCUGAGAAUGGGCCAGAGAGUGAGUUUAGAAAGUCUUCAUCGCCUUUUUAAACCUCCCGCCGAUCAGUUAGUUUAGUUCUCAUCGUGUUGACUGUAGAGAAAACUUCAGCUGGAAAACAAAGAACAAACAGCAAUAUUUUUAUUCCCUGAUUCUCAGGAAGCCUCUGAAGUCGAGCUAAUGUAGAGAAAUACUGGACUGUAGUGGACUCAGAUAUAUAUGUGUACGUUGGGCCUUCUGCUUUGAGGCCUUCUUCGCCAUGGGGUUGAUUAACCCUUUGUGUAUAAGAUGCACACCUGCAUGUCUUUUUACUUCCACAUGCUUCAGCCAUACGAGCCUGCGACUGCUUCUUAAAUCACCAACUCACUCUAGAUGUCGGACUCACUCUCUCACUGUGUCGUUUUUGUAUUUCGUCCACAUUUUUAUUGUUUCACACGUGGAUAAAGAUUUAAACCGAUGGAUGCAAUUCUUUGAAAAUUGAUGCACUAUUGUAUCCUGUGUUUUUUGAUAAAUAUGAUAUGCUUCUUUUUAAAUAUUAGAUUGUUUUUCAUAGGUAAGAGUACACUGGCCGCGCACUAUUUUCCUAUAAUAAGUAAAUUUGUAUUGGAUGUCAGUGUAUUUGGGGGGGGGGGGCAGUGUGCAGACUGAAGCUGCUGCAGCGUCGCUUCACCUCCAGGUGGCAGCAGCAGCCUGAUGAACCUGCAGACACCGAGCCGGAAACGCCUGAAGCUGCACUGUUGACUUGUUUUCACUUCUAUUGCUUUGAUUUUUACAGUGUAAUCAAUUACAUCGAUGGAAAUAGUUUGGUCUUGUUUUGUGAAGUGAUGCCUUUGCAUAAGUUGGAAUUUGAUGUUUUGUUCUUGUAAGGAUUAAAAAAAGAUGUGAUUUUCGA